AACAGGUUAGGUACAUGAUAUGCAGUAAAGGUGUUGGACAUGUUCUUAAUUCACAUUUCCAAAGGUGUACCUGUUAGUUAAAUUGGUUAUAUCAAAAGGGUACUGUGAUGAGCUGAUUCCCCGUUUAGGGUCAUUUCCUGCCUUGGAUGAGGAAAUAUUGGGAAUAUGAUGUGCACAUCCCACUUAAGUUUUGGGAAUGCCAACCUCGGUUAUGAUACACAAUUCAAAACUAAACAAAAUGCACCUCAUGUAUGCUUCUGUAAUAACAUAAAAGCUUGUGGUGCCCGCUCUCCUUCCAUUCGUUUCUUUUAUGGGCCCACAUAUUUCACAUUUAAGGACAUGUCAUACAGCAAUAAUUGUUACUGAUUCGGGUGGAAGUCUGACCUCGGACGACAGAUAUGCAUAAGGCACGGCAACAUACACGGAGGUCCAUUUUGAAUUUUCUGAACAAACUUACUACACUAACCUGUAGUACACAUUUUCCCUCUCGCUAAACAUCCAUUGCCAGUAUCUGGGUACGUUUAUGGCAGUAACGGCGCCAGAGAAAAGCGUCAUAAAAAGGCUCCGCCUUCUAGCACACAGUAACGGCACGCCCCCUAGUCGAGGUCUCGCCGAUAAGCUGUUAGUCUUGUUGGCACGCGCACUGUGAAGGGGCAGGUGUGUUCUGCGGGAAAUCGUUCUCUCCUUGCCACGACGUGAAACUUGUUCUGUACGGACGUCUGUCUCAAGUGUCAGCACACAAUGCUGUGGAUAGCCAGUAGGCUCACGAGGAAAUUCUCCACAAGUAGCAUCUAUUACCAGAAUAAGCUAAAGCUAGCACUGAUUGGCCAAAGUUUAUUUGGGCAGGAGGUUUACAGCCAGCUUCGAAAGGACGGCCAUAAAAUAGUAGGAGUUUUCACAGUCCCUGAUAAGGAUGGCAAAGCAGAUCCUUUGGCUACAGCUGCAGAGAAAGAUGGGACACCAGUGUUCAAAUUCCCUCGGUGGAGAGUUAAAGGAAAGCCAAUUCCAGAAGUUGUUGAUGCUUAUAAGUCUGUUGGAGCAGAACUUAAUGUUCUCCCAUUUUGUAGCCAAUUUAUCCCUAUGAAUGUAAUCGAUAACCCAAAGCAUGGAUCCAUUAUUUACCAUCCUUCUUUGUUGCCUCGACACAGGGGAGCGUCUGCAAUAAACUGGACGCUGAUUCAUGGAGAUAAGAGGGCAGGAUUUUCCAUAUUUUGGGCUGAUGAUGGACUUGACACAGGACCACUCCUACUGCAAAAAGAAUGCUCAGUUGAGCCCAGUGAUACAGUGGACACUUUAUACAAUCGCUUUUUAUUUCCUGAGGGAAUCAAAGGCAUGGUGGAAGCUGUCCAACUUAUUGCAGAUGGUAAAGCACCUCGUGUACCACAGCCACAGGAAGGGGCCACAUAUGAAGGAAUUCAAAAGAAAUCAAAUGCAAAGAUUUCCUGGGAUAUGUCAGCAUCAGCCAUUCAUAAUUGGAUUCGAGGACAUGACAAAGUACCAGGGGCAUGGACAGUCAUUAACGGUCAGGCAGUGACCCUGUAUGGUUCUUCUCUUUUUGAUGCACCAGUGCCUUCAGGACAACCACUAGAGAUAGAAGGAGCUCCACGACCUGGACUCAUUACUAACAAUGGUCUAGUUCUUUUUGGCAGUGACGGGAAUGCACUUGUAGUAAGAAAUCUUCAGUUUGAUGAUGGCAAAAUGAUUCCAGCUGCCAAGUACUUUUCCACUGGAGAAACUAACACUUUGACGCUUACUGAAGAGGAGAUGAAGACAGCUGAACAAAUCAAGGUUAUCUGGAAAGGAAUUUUAUCUAAUGUUCCCAAAAUAGAGGAUUCCACAGAUUUUUUCAAAUCUGGAGCAGCCUCUAUGGAUGUUGUAAGAUUAGUUGAGGAGAUUAAGGAGAAAUGUAAUGGAUUGCAGCUCCAGAAUGAAGAUGUCUAUAUGGCUACUACAUAUGAGGAGUUUAUUCAGAUGGUGGUACGGAAGCUUCGGGGAGAAGACAAGGAGGAAGAAAUCAUAAUUGAUCAUGUGACAAAAAAUGUAAAUAAUUUGACUGUGAAGAUGCCUUAUCAGUGCUUUAUCAAUGGAAGAUUUGUGGAUUCUGAGAAUGGAAAGAAAUAUGACACUGUAAACCCCACAGAUGGAUCUGUCAUUUGCAAAGUAUCUUAUGCCUCAGUUGCAGAUGUUGACAAAGCAGUUGCAGCAGCCAAGGAUGCAUUUGAAACUGGACCAUGGGGCAGUAUGAAUGCUAGAGACAGAGGAAGACUUUUAUAUAAGCUUGCAGACCUGAUGGAGGAACACCAAGAGGAGCUGGCUACUAUUGAGUCAAUUGACUCAGGUGCAGUGUACACACUUGCCCUUAAGACACAUGUGGGAAUGUCUGUCCAGACUUUCCGUUAUUUUGCUGGAUGGUGUGACAAAAUCCAGGGCACAACCAUACCAAUUAACCAGGCUCGUCCUAAUCAUAAUCUUACAUUCACUAAGAAGGAACCUUUAGGUGUUUGUGCCAUUGUAAUUCCUUGGAAUUAUCCCCUGAUGAUGCUAGCUUGGAAAAGUGCUGCCUGCUUAGCAGCUGGCAAUACACUUGUACUGAAACCUGCUCAGGUUACACCUUUGACAGCUCUGAAGUUUGCUGAAUUGUCUAUACGGGCCGGAAUCCCAAAGGGUGUCAUAAACAUUGUGCCAGGCUCAGGUGGUCUCGUAGGCCAGCGCAUGUCAGAGCAUCCAGAUAUCCGCAAACUUGGCUUCACAGGAUCCACCCCUAUUGGAAAACAGAUUAUGAAAAGCUGUGCAGUGAGCAAUCUAAAGAAAGUAUCACUGGAGCUAGGAGGCAAGUCUCCACUAAUAAUCUUUAAUGACUGUGACCUUGACAAGGCUGUACGAAUGGGAAUGGGAGCAGUAUAUUUCAACAAAGGAGAAAACUGCAUUGCUGCUGGACGGCUGUUUGUUGAAGAGUCUGUGCACGAUGAAUUUGUGAGGAGAGUGGUGGAAGAAAUUAAGAAAAUGAGAAUUGGAGACCCUUUAGAGCGCUCAACAGAUCAUGGGCCCCAAAACCACAAAGCUCAUUUGGAAAAACUGCUAGAAUAUUGUGAAAUUGGAAAAAAGGAAGGAGCAACUCUUGUUUAUGGAGGCCGGCAGGUUCCAAGACCAGGGUUUUUCAUGGAACCAACGGUGUUUACUGAUGUGGAGGAUCACAUGUACAUUGCCAAAGAGGAGUCCUUUGGACCUGUAAUGGUGAUUUCCAAGUUUAAAGACGGAGACGUGGAGGGGGUCCUACAAAGGGCAAAUGAUACAGAGUUUGGCUUAGCAUCUGGCGUCUUCACUAGAGACAUCGGCAAAGCCAUGUUCGUCAGCGAGCGACUGGAGGCCGGAACCGUCUUCAUUAACACUUACAACAAGACAGAUGUAGCAGCUCCCUUUGGAGGGUUCAAACAGUCCGGCUUUGGGAAAGAUCUCGGGGAAGAAGCGCUUCAUGAAUACCUCAGGACUAAAGCUGUGACAGUAGAAUACUGAGAAGUACAUUUGGAUGGCUGCUACUUUUAAAGGACAAUCCUCUUGGGAACCGAGUUCUCUCUUGGGCACCAUCUUUCAGUUACACAACAUGUUCCUGGCAGACUGCAAAGAAGAGAAACCGUCCAAAACGGGUCUUCAAGCAAAACAAAUGACACUUAACAGAACCAAUGUUACUGUUACUUUCAUGUGCCUAACAAAUCUGACUUCUUUAUCUUGCAGGGCAAUGGGGGGGGGGCUUAGAGAAAGAACAGAGGCUUCAACCCUGCAAAUGCCAGCAAACCGUCUAAUGUCGUGAUGUUUUUUCAGCGUCUUCAUUUCUGAUUCAUUUAUAAAGUGAAAAAAUCGAAGGACGGGUCACUGGUUUAUACAAUAGCAUACCUCUAUUCCUAAAAUUUCUUUCUAUUUUGACAUAAUACAGCACGUACAAUAAUGUUCUCAUGUCAUAAACCACUAUGGAAAGCAACACUCCUUAGGCCUGGCUGCAGACAGAGUGGCAAGUGCAGGUCCUCCUUCUUAGUGUGCCACUAUUUUUGUAUCCAUUAAAGUCUUUGUUAUUUGGCUGCACUUAAGUCAUUAGCCUUCAAGGUUUUAUUUUUGUUUUUUUAAAGUCGUUUUGUGCUUGCUAGAUAUUUUACUAAUAAUAAAAUAAAAUCACAGCCCAAGCCGUACACUAAAAGUAAAUUUCAAUUAUUAUGACAGUUCAUUUUAACAUUCAAAAUGUUUGGUUUUUUACCCCAAAUUUUAAACACUAAAACUGAGAAAUACACAAAUUAUUGAGCAGUAGUACUCUGUUCAUUUUUGUCUUGAAUUACCGCAUAAAGUUAUGCUUUUCUCGACAUUGGCAGCAUAUGGCAUUGUGUGAAUAGUGUUCAGAUUACGACCUGAUAAAAAUCACACAAAAAUAAGAUCAACGUGGUUAGUAGCGUCUUGUAUUUUCAGUUUAUGGAAACGCACAACAAAAUAUUCAAUUCGGAACUCUUUAGAAAGAUUGUUUUCUUAUAUUAAUGGAAUGCUAAACAAUGGCGGUUGGCCUGUAUUAUAUAUUGUUUGAAACAAUAAGACAUAUUGUCUCUAAAUAAUAUAUAUUUAAUUUAUUUUUUCUCUAUGCAAAUUUAUAACUUUUUAGUACAAAUAAUACUUCCUAUUAUUUUAAUGUCUAUUUACCUUUUUGAUGUUCUGCCAUGGCUUUUUUUCCCUUAUUGUUUAGAAAGGUUUGUUUCUUUAUCAUUUAAAUCCAUGUUUUUAACAGCCCAUCGUGUAUUUUAAUGUUGACACAUUUUUACUUUUAUUGAACUGAACAAAAGAGGAAACGUGAACACAACUUCUAAUUAAAAAGUAACAGAUGUUAUGCAUUGAUAUUACAGUGUACAUUUUUCUUCCUCUCAAAAUAAACUAAAUAAUAAAUAAAUACAUCUUUUCACUAUGUAGCAGGCACUUUACCCCCUGUAGCUGAGCUUGCCCAUCCAUUUAAUUCAAGUCUUACAGAUGUUGCAAGGUUGUCUGUAGUGUUCCUUUAUUGAUUCUCCAUUAAUGAUGUCAAAUCAUUUAAAAUUCUGUUUAAUCUCUACAUGCCUCUGUCUUCUACUGUUAGCGUCUGAACAUAUUUUGGAACACCACCGGUAAAGCCAUCUCUUUAUCUUGAAAUGAAAGUGUACUUAUGAUGAUGAUGAUGCUUUGCAUCUUAACAUUUAUAUUAAUGCAGACUUAAUGGCCAGACUGACCAUAAGGAAUGCAUCACAGACAAGUAAGCUGCUAUUUUAGCUCUGUUUAUUCAUUGCCUUAUAGAAAAUGUCAAAUAUUCAUCAUGUUUAGUACAUUCUCUUCAGAUUGAGCUUUUACGUCUCCAUUUCUGGUCCACACCGAUAAAGGAGAUAUGUUACACUAACAUAUGAGUAAAUACUGGAUUUUCAAUGGCUAAACAAAAUCAAGCAGUAAUCAUCAAACACAUUUCCAAGUACUGGUACCAUAAUGGUCAUUUACCUAUAUAUAUAUAUUUAAAAAAACCUAGCCUAAUGGUUUGUUUCUGUAGCCUAAAAUUAGGUUUCUGCUUUAUAAAACCGACAAAUAUCAAUGUACAGUAUUAUGUCUUAUUAAUUUGAAUACAUUUAAAAAAAGUUAAAAGGUUCAUUGGCAUCUUAAGGUUGUUUUUUUUUUCUGUUACAGGUGUACUAAAAUAGUCAAGUAAAAACAUUUGUAGUUUGGCAAAUAUUUAAACAAUAAAACUAUCACCAGAAAGAAAAAAUACUCAAUUGUCUUUAAUAUAAAAAGGAAAAUAUUAAUUUGGAAGUUUCCAGUUAAAUGUCAAAAAUUCUAUGCCUUUUACUGUUUAACAUGCUUGUUAGACUGUAUGGAAUACGCCAUUCUUCAUUGUCAUUCACGGUAUACUGGUUAUAUAAAGAUGGAGGCCUGUCAGUUUCAACCCAGAUAUUUAGCUCUUCUUUUGUCAGACCUGAGAGUCGACAGGAAGAUGACUUUCUGUUGGUUUUUGUGCCAUUGCUCUAAAAGCAUGUUGCCUCUUGAGCAUGUCUAUCCAGUUAAGAUGCACAGUUUGCUUUAUGUUAUUGUGCAGGUUUUCAUUUAGAAAAAGGAACACAAAAGUGACGGAGUACAGGGAAUACUGUUACUAUAGCUAUUGAUCAGGCUAGAAAGAAUCACUACAUAGAAGUCACACCUAGAUGAUACAUUAAGUUUUGUAGUUAAAUUCUGCGUCAUAUCAAUCACAAAAAUACAUCCAAAGUGCCUAAUUAUAUAGAACAGAAGCUCUGAACCGCAGAGUGAAAAAAAAAUUACGGGACAGCCCUUAUCUGGUACGUACAGGAUACUUUUAUGCACGUACGAGAUAAAGGUAACAUUAAAAAAAUUUACAAAAGUGCGCUUUGGGGCCAACUAAUUAAGCCUUUAGUUUGACGUCACUUCGAUCGCUUGUAUCGCGGUGAUGUAAAAAGCAGACGGGUGGGCUUCUAUUUAUUAAAGAUAUGUGGGCCGGUUGGAGAUAGGUCAAGCUGUAGCCUACAAUACCUAUGACAUGUGUCAAGUAAAGCCCACAAUGUCAGUCACAUGCCCCGUUACAUUAUGGUUAAGAUUAGGGUUGCAGGAGGGUUAUCAACUCGGAGGGUUCAGGUACGUGUUUUAUGUUUACAGGUAUUCGUCUACACACUCAUAUGGAGCUCCGGAGGGGAUAUGGUGUAUAUUUUUUUUCUUCCUGGGAAAUAAUUUGGUCCGUACAACUUACUGUGUUCUGCCCACCACUUACCAUAGCACCAGCUAAUACUGUGUGUGCACCAAAUACCAUCGUAUACUACUGUACUUUUUCUGGAAAGAGGACAUAUCACUAAAUAGUUUGUUUUCCUCACACAGUUACAUUCCAUAGAAAUGGAUAUUGGCAAGUUUGUCAAACAGGUUAUUCAUUCAAGCCCAGAUUGUUGGAUCCAAUGACAAAACCAACAGCUGUGCAAAACUUUCCCUUGUGUUUCCAACUAUGUCACUGCAUUCUUGUUGAAGAAUUAAUUUUAAAGUUACAGCUGGUAUCCAUAGUAUUCAAUCUUUUUAUAAUUUGAAACACUUCAGUUGUAUCACCUCUUAAUCUGUUUGCUUAACAUGAAAAGAUUAAAUUCGUUCAGUCUCUCUU